AUGGCUGAUGACCUAAAACGUGAUGAAAGUUUGGAAGACAUUUGUCCCGAUAGCAACCAGCUGAAAGGUCACAUUAUGGAAGUCAUGAUCACCAACUUCUCCAGAGACUGCAACGAAAUCUUGAACGGCGAGGCCAAGAAAUUGUCCUUACACGAGUUGAGCGGCGGUGCGUGUAUCUCCUUCGUGUUUUACGAGAUUUUCAAGAACGGAAUCCAGACCCUCGAUUCUUUCGACCAGAUCAAGGACGUAGACAUCCGCACCAUCUGGACAACACCUCGGGCUCCGCCUUGUUCGUGGGGACAUAGGCUUUCGAGUUUGGAAGAAACCUACGUCAACACUGCGCAUCUUGACAUGUUGAAGGGCUCCCAAGCAAUGGUCAUUGUCGAGGAGAAGCUCCAUCCCAAGCAACAAGUCGCCGUGGACCCAAAGUCUGACAGGCCAUUGCCACCCUCACAACAGCACACUCCUGCGCGCAAAAAGAGAUUGCAGCAGAUGGAGGUUCAUCCCGUCUUGCGUGCUACAGGAACAAUGACGGAGCGUGAGCAGAUGGAGACUGUGGUCAUCAAGCUCUUUAUUGCCUCGUAUUACAGCAUCGUUCAAAGAGCCGUGGCAGACCUUGUGCCAAAGGCCAUCAUGUUGAAGUUGAUCACCAGAUGCAAGGACGACAUCCAGAAAGAGCUGUUACAGAAGUUGUACAGUCCUCCCGACUUGGCAGACUUGGUCAAGAGUGAUCUGACGGUGCAGAAGAGAAAGGAGUGCUUGAAGAUGGUAGAGAUGUUGAGAAACGCCAGCGAGAUUGUUAGCAGUGUGUAA